UCCAAAGCAGAAUGACGUUGUGCAACGGUUCCUCUCCCUUGGCGGACGUUUGCCGUCGCGUGACACGCUGACUAACUUGACGCCAUAAGUUUCCCACACGAUCGCUGCGUGUGUGCGUGCCUUAAGCGUGUGACUCCCGAGCUCUGGCGUUCUGUCCACCGCUGCUUCGCCUCAUCUGCCGGUAGCGUGAGCCGCCGAGGGCGCAGCCAUGGCCGGAGACGGCACAGACCCGCGCGCGCUGCAAUACGAGCAGACUUUGAUGUAUGGCCGCUACACGCAAGACCUGGGCGUGUUUGCUAAAGAGGAGGCAGCCCGUCUGCGGGAGGAGGCGGCAUUCCGGCGGCUGGUGACAGAGCGCAGUCGCUCAUUUGACCUCCUGGAGUAUGACAAGAGUCGCUGUGCCAAAUGCAGAAGGUAUCCUUACACCCUGGAGGCUCACCCUCGGGAUUUUCUUUCCGUCUGUACAUUGCACUGUCAGAAGUUCCUUAUCUCACGUGUCGGGGAGGACUGGAUCUUCCUCAUCCUGCUUGGCCUCGUCAUGGCCCUCGUCAGCUGGGUGAUGGACUUCUGCAUCGCACUCUGCUUACAAGCCCAGAAGUGGAUGUAUGGAGGUUUGGACAGUAAUUUGGUACUGCAGUAUCUGGCUUGGGUCACUUACCCAGUGGUCCUCAUCAGCUUCUCAGCAGGUUUUACACACAUAGUAGCGCCGCAGGCUGCCGGUUCUGGUAUUCCUGAGAUGAAAACCAUACUGAGGGGUGUUGUCCUAAAGGAGUAUCUUACCUUAAAAACCUUUGUGGCCAAAGUCAUAGGCCUUACCUGUGCCUUGGGAAGUGGAAUGCCUCUGGGCAAAGAGGGUCCGUUUGUGCACAUUGCAAGUCUGUGUGCAGCACUGCUGAGUAAGUUUAUGUCACUCUUCGGGGGAAUUUAUGAGAAUGAAUCUCGAAACAUAGAGAUGUUGGCAGCUGCUUGUGCUGUAGGUGUUGGCUGUUGCUUUGCUGCACCCAUUGGAGGUGUGCUCUUCAGUAUAGAGGUCACCUCUACGUUCUUUGCAGUCAGGAACUAUUGGAGAGGAUUUUUUGCUGCUACCUUCAGUGCCUUCAUAUUCAGGGUACUGGCUGUGUGGAACAGAGAUGAAGAGACAAUAACUGCCCUUUUCAAGACUCGGUUCCGGCUCGAUUUCCCUUUUGACCUCCAGGAACUUCCAGCCUUUGCUGUCAUCGGGAUAGCAAGUGGUUUCGGUGGGGCCCUGUUUGUUUAUCUGAACAGGCUUAUUGUUCAGUUCAUCAGGAAACAAAAGGCCAUCAACAAGUUUCUUAUGAAGAAGCGUUUGUUGUAUCCUGCUCUGGUUACCUUGCUGAUCUCCACUCUGACCUUCCCUCCUGGAUUCGGACAGUUCAUGGCAGGCCAGCUGACCCAAAAAGAGUCCUUGGUAACACUGCUUGACAACCGUACAUGGGCCAAACAAGGCAUCGCUGAGGAAUUUGAGUAUAUUGGACAUGCCGCUGCCUGGAAGCACCCACAGGCUAAUGUUUUUGUCACACUUGUCGUCUUCAUCGUGAUGAAGUUUUGGAUGUCAGCUCUUGCCACCACCAUCCCUGUUCCCUGUGGUGCUUUCAUGCCAGUCUUCGUCAUUGGUGCUGCUUUCGGGAGGUUGGUGGGAGAGAGCAUGGCUGCCUGGUUUCCUGAAGGUAUUCACUCAGACGGUGUUGUCUAUUCCAUUGUACCAGGAGGAUAUGCUGUAGUGGGUGCCGCAGCCCUGUCGGGUGCUGUAACGCACACUGUGUCGACGGCUGUGAUCGUCUUCGAGCUCACGGGCCAGAUCAGCCACAUCUUACCCAUUAUGAUAGCUGUCAUCCUUGCCAACGCCGUAGCCCAGAGUCUACAACCCUCCAUCUACGACUCCAUCAUACGCAUCAAGAAGCUACCCUACCUCCCUGAGCUUGGCUGGGGUCACCACGAGAAAUAUAAUAUUCGUGUUGAGGAUAUCAUGGUGAGGGAUGUGAGGUACAUCACUCUAAACUGCACUUACAGAGACCUGCACGACGUCCUUCUGACCGAACGCCUGAAAACUCUCGCUCUAGUAGAGUCCACAGAGUCUAUGAUCUUGCUGGGCUCUAUUGAGCGUGCUCAAUUGCAGACUCUGCUAUCCCAGCAGCUUGGUCGCCCGCGGCGACUGGAGUACCUCCGCCAGCAGGCUCAGAACGAGAGGAAGCACAUGUCUGUCGCGAGCACACCCAGCAGUGAAGAAGGAAACCACAAGGUCAACCAGGAAGUCCGCUUCCAGAUCUCUACAGAAGAAUCUUCUUUCAGUCCCACACGUACUGUCUCUUCCAAACCCCUAAAACCUGCACUUAAGAGGCAUUCAGUGGUUGAGAGAGGACCAGAGAUACCAUCAAGCCAGGAUUCAGGCAUUGCCUUAAAGAGUCUCUUCUGUGCCCAUCCAGAGUCUGCGGCAGCAGAGAACAAUAACGUGGAGAACACGGUGGUUCCUGAGCACAGAAAGCCCAAACGUGUGAGGAUAUCGGUCGUGGAUCAAGAUGUAGAGGAUGACAUGACUAUGAGAGAGAUUGCUGAAUGGGAGGAGCAACAGCUUGAUGAGCAGGUCAACUUUAAUAACUGUAAGAUAGACCCCGCCCCUUUUCAGCUAGUGGAACGGACAUCACUGCACAAGACUCACACCAUCUUCUCACUACUGGGUUUGGACCACGCCUACGUCACCAGCAUCGGGCGACUCAUAGGAGUCGUGUCACUGCGAGAGCUGCGCAAGGCCAUUGAGGGCUCUGUAACGGUGAAGGGGGUAAAAGUACGUCCCCCUCUGGCCAGCUUCAGGGACAGCGGUACCAGCAGCAGCGACGCUGAGGUGACUGAGCUCCACAAACUGUGGAACCGCCACACCAACUUGACACUACCCCGAGACCCCCAACCUUCAGACUCUGAUGAGAAAUCCCAGUAAAAGGAGGACAUUGUAAAAUGGGGACGGUGAAUAAAGUUGUUGAUGAUGAUGAUGAUGAUGAUGAUGAUGAUGAUGAUGAUGAUGGAUGCAGCAGACCGAAUGGAUACGAGAGGUGUAACUGAUGGGCCUUUUUUUUGUUCUGUGUAUGUGAGUGAGAAGAAAAAAUUGACAUUUCAGAGUAUGCUCCGCACUUUCAGCUUCCUGCUUAAUGCUCUGCCUGCUCAAGCUCCACCCCUCCUGUGACCCGUUCCUCUACGUCCCGCUCCUUCCGCACUGAUUCUUUUUACUCCUCCAAGAAAGCAAGCGCGAGGACUUUUUUUGGGUUUGCCUUUUCUCUGUUCGGCUGUGUGGGCGUGUGCGCGCGCACGUGAGGCAGCGUGUGCGCACACAUGCACGUGAGAACCCAUGGACAUUUGUGUUCAUGUGGUGAAGGGGAGCCCUUCUAAUAUCAGGGGUUGUUAUGCCUUCUCUAAAUUCAGGUUCUCAUCCGAAUGUCCUUCCCUCCUUCCUCCUUCUUCCUGUUUUCCCUUUUUUUUUUUUUUUUUUCCUCGCACGCACACGUUUCACGCUUCUCCCCUCUCUGUGGAGAGAAACGCCUUCCUAAUGCCUGCACACCGCACCAGGUGCCACACCAGGACGUGUGAUUGUGAGAGAGGCAGGGACAGAGCGGAGGGGACGUGAGAUUAAGAGCCAGAAAAAGAGAAAGGACGCCAGACUUUGUCUAGACAGCAUUUCAAAUACAUGAAUGCUUUUGAAGCGCAGACGGACGUGUUUUCCCGCCUUUUUUUUCCCCACUGUCAACAAGAUCUACAGCGUCAAAUAUAGUAUGUUCUUAACAACUGGCCAGCAUCCAUAGUUUCCAUUUCGUAGUCAUUUAAUUUAGUCACUGGAAAUUUUGUGUUGACAGCAAUGCACUUUUUUGUAAAACAUGUGAAACUGUUUUGCAGAAUUGUUUUUGCUUUGAACCUUUUACCUCAUGCAUUGCUUUUAUUGUAGAAAUGUCCCAAUCCUAACACAUUGAUCAGAAGAGGCUGGUUAGAAGGCUCCUGUUAAGGACUCUCUCCAAGCUGAUAGUUUUUAUUUAUUUGUACUGCGUCUUUUAUUUAUUAAUGAAGCUGUCUGCAUGUAUUAACCUGCAGAUGACCGCUGCUGUUAUCUGCUGCCUGAAAGGAGUGGACAAGCUUAGUAUUCGCUCGUGCAUUUCCCAGCAUCAGAGGAUCCUGACACUCCAGUCUAUGGGCGAAGCCCUCAAGUAAAACCCAAUAUAGGGGUGGUGACAUCUUAACUUCUUCUCUCACACAUUAACAUGCAGUACACUCACUUCGCCAAAGUCCACAUGUCCAGAUUUGCUGAUUAUUCAUCUGUAGUUGAGCACAAGAACAGCUAGAACAGCCUCUGGAGGUUUUUUUUGGUUUUGUUUUGUUUUUUUGGGAGGGGCAGAUUUGGCCUUCACAAUAUCUGAUUGCAGGUCUGGGGUAUGGACGCGCGAUGGACCACAUUUCUCCUGGGCUGAACCCCCUGCUUCGUGUGGGGUGUUUGUCUUUUAUAUGGCUGGAAUAUAGUCACAGCUCUUCUAGAAUCCUGCUGAGUCAGCUUGCCAUGCCUAAACCCACCAGUUUCCUGUCCACUCAAUGGGCACCCCUCCCCCUGGUCAGUUUGAAUUUCCGUGGUAAUCAGUAUUUUUUGACCCUUGGUGCGUCUCAAGCUGGACCAGACCAAAAAUAGACUGGCUCGGGGGUGGGUGCGGUCCUGAGAAAUGGGAACAUUGGAUUUAAGCACGGCUUAAGGGGAGGGUGUGAUUAUAGAAUGGCAGUGCUAAUCGUAGAUUCUAAGUUCUCAGUUCUGAAUUCUGAAGCUAUUGACAGUAUUUCCCUACAUGCCUUAAUGAGCACAUUUAAUAUGCACCCAACCUUACUAUUCAUUAUUUUCUUCCUCUGUCACUCUCCAUUUAUGCCUUGUAUAUUGGAAAGCUUGUCACAUUGAAGACUACGGAAUUUCUUACGUAUAUCUUGACCAAAAGAACAACCAAGUAUUUAGUAAAGAGGAAAAGUAGCCUCUUCAAACCAAGCAGAAAUGGAUGUUCUUUUAUUACUGUUGACAGUUGCCUUGUUCACUAUUAUGGAUGUUUGUUUGUUUGUUUGUUUGUUUGUUUGGAUGUUUUGUUUAUUUAAUUGCCUGAGAUUAUUUUAAUAUUGAUUCGUCACUGACAAGUGUCCAUCAUUCCCCUUGACAAGUAAGCUUUAAAAUGAUUGGUUGCUUAUGUAAGGGUGGAGGGCAGGGCUUGUUGUUUGAUGGUGCACCUUAGAAGUAUGAUUUGUAGGUUUACACAUUUAAUAUAUUUAAUAGAUCACAUCACUGCAAUGAAAGCAGAUUACCUUGAGAUCAAACGUUUUGUUCUACUUUUUUGUUUUGUUUUUGUAUGACUGCAGUCCUUGCCAAGAAAUGCAUUAGCAUUUGUAUUGGUGAUGUUCAGAAAUCUCCUUAUGGAUUGUCUUAGUAUUGUGGCCAUAUUGUCACCAUUAUGGUGUAAUUUUGCCUGAAUCUUUCAUGUAUACAGUUUUUCAUGUACAAACCUAAAGGCAACUGAACAGAAAAAUAUUAGCAGUUUCAUCUCACUAAGUGCCUAUAGCAUCUCAAAUGUGAUUUCAGUGAGAAUUGCAGAAUAUAAACAGAUGCAUCUGUGAGCACGCAUACACGCGUGCACACACACACACACACACACACACACACACAUACACACACGUACACAAACCAUUUAUCAGACCAGUAGAAAUACAGAAAAACAUGCACAGACAGACAGAAACACUGCAACAUAUUAUACUCUAUCAUGUCAAGUAACCAUGGUAACUUGAUCUUGGCUCUAAUUUUCCUAACAAUAGGGCAGGACUAAAAUCACUCCUUUUUCUCUAUUAUAGUGUUGUUGGUUUUUUUUAAUUGUCUACUUGUUUUUCUGUUUUUGAUUAUUUGUUUUUUAUGUCCAAUGUGAUCCUAAUUUGCUAGCAUUUUUUAAUCACAAGCACAUAUUUAUUAGCAAUCACUUAAAUCAACCAAGUAGAGCAAUAGGAGUUAUAUUUUUGUUAUUAAUGUUAUUCUUUUGAAUGAUCUAAGGUAAUGAAUUUGUGCAAUAACGGUUGUUCAUUUCUUUGAAUGGGUGUAACUAGAGUUGAAUUUUGUGACCAUGAUGUAGGUAGGAGACAAUAACCUUAUUUUUGUAAAGAAAAAAAGUUGCAUUCUGCUGUCAGACAGUGGAAGGCACAAAUGGUGUUCACCACCUGGGACCAUUGGAAACCUGAUCACAAACCUCCCUUGUGUGAAAUGAACAGGAAAAACAAUAAACAAAUAAAACAAUCGCAAGUGUGUGCACACACUUGUGCAUUGCUAUUUUUAAGAGAACAAAAAAUAAAUAAAGCAUUGUUUUGUAUCAGGGAUAAAUAAAGAGAAUUUUAACAUUU